GCCGCGGCCGGCCAAUGAGGCGCGGCCGGGCAGGAGCAGGGCGGCCGUUGGACGCAGGGCCCGCCCGCCGGUCAUGGCUCUCAGCCCGAAAGUGACCACCAAGAAAUCGCUCAAGACCUGGGAUGCCCAAUGCCCAUCCGGGAUGACCAGCGACACCGACGCGACCUCGGCCCACACGUCCCGGAGAAAGCUGACAAAAUCCUCACAACGCGUGGUCACGGCCCCACCCAAGCCGGUGGUCCUGAAGCAGAGCCAGUGGCCUGCGGACCGGCGCAGGACAUCCCCACCGGCCUCGCUGUCGAUCUCAGGGACCGCCAAGAUGUUGGUGGCUCUGGACCUGUUCUGUCUGAUGCUGGUCAGUGUUCCCACCCUGCUGAGUAAGAGUGGUUUGAUGGCACCCCACUUCCAAGGCUUCUUUUGCAAUGACACCACCAUCAGAUACCCCCGGGUGUCCCACUACGUCGUGGAGGACUCGGCACUCAUCACCAUAGGCUUCUUAAUCUCCGUCUUCACGAUCAGCCUGGGAGAGAUGAUCUACGUCCAGAAACUCCGGCUGAGCCCGCGGGCCCUACUGGGCAGCACCUACGUGGUCAUGGUCUACAAGCAGCUGGUCACCUUCAUUUUUGGCAGCAUGGCCAGCUUCUCCCUGGCCAGCAUCACCAAGAUGACCACGGGACGCCUGCGGCCCCACUUCCUGGCCGUGUGCCUGCCAGACCCAGCCUCCUUCAACUGCGAGAGCGGCUACAUCACCAACUACACCUGCACCGGGCACCCAGAGGACGUCCUCAAUGCCAGGAAAUCCUUCUACUCUGAACAAGCCUCCCUCGGGAUGUACUGCAUGGUUUAUCUGGUGGUGGCCCCCCAAAAUGCGGUCCCUCUAGGUACGUGCUCCUGGUCUUCAAGGUCCUGCCCACCCUCCCCACCGGUCCCCAGCUUUAUGUGCAGGUGCGCCCCUGGGGACAGAAGACCAGCUUCUUACGGCCAACCUUCCAGUUCCUCUUCUUAUCCCUGGCUCUGGUCACCGGCUACAUCCGGACCUUGGACUAUUGGCACCACCCCUAUGACGUGGUCAUUGGAUUCCUGCAAGGAGCCUUGAUGGCCUUUUGGGUGGCAUUCUACAUUAAUGACCAUUCUACAGUUGGGGCAAUACCCAAGAGCUCUGAAUACUAGAAGGCCACUUCUGCCCUCUCCACUCACUUCACCCGUGUACUUCCUCUCGAUUCAUUUCCUAAAGGCCAUCAGGGAGCCCAAGGGGUGCCCUGAGACAGAAGAAAGUAUAGAUCCCCCCAGACCAUGUACUUCCGAGGGAACCGUGUCUGGGGCUGAGCCCACAUCCAGUUCAGCCCUGCCCCUGGUAGGAUGACAUAGGACACGCCAUUUUUCUGGGACUGAGUCUAUAUCCUCAGUCAGCCCCCUCUCAGCAGGGCCACUUCCUUUUUUAUUCUUUCUUAAAGACUCCUGAUGUAUUAAAGAAAUUAACAAAUGCCAA